AUGUCAAGUGAAUUAACAACUGAGGAGCUUGUGGCUAUUGCUGUAGCACUAGAAGAAGACGAGAACAAGAUCCAGAAGAAAAGAAAAUAUUCUGUUCAUCCAUUAAAUAAGGAAAGGAAGAGAAAAGGCCAGUUUCAUUUAAUAUAUGAUGAUUUGCGUGUAUAUCCUGAAAAGUUUUUUUUCUUUUUAACGGAUGUCUAUGCCGACAUUUGA